ACGCGACAGACGACAAAGAUAGGGAAGGAAGUGAUGUGCCAAACUCGCGUUCGCCACCAGGGCUUGAGUCUCCUCGAAAUGCUGCCUCCCGGCCAUUGGCUAAGUCCAAGUCGCAAGGAAAGAUGGUCACCGGUAUGGUCGAGGGAACAAAAAGUAGGUUUCAAUCCUUCGCGGUUCAUACCAGCAUUGACUGUGUCCAUUCAGAUGUCCCACGUAAACGGAUCGCGGCGCAUAUCGAUCUUUCACCCAUCAAGGCCUCACCCCCAGCGUCACCAGCGCAAGCACGCAAGAACAUUGCAUCACACAACGGCGCCAGCAACAAGCCAUCGCAAAGAGUACCCUUUGGUACCGUUCACACUCGAAAUGCGGAAAACCUACCUACUGCCCCGCAUCGACGUCUUGGAGGUAAACCUUCCAUUCAAGAUUUGACCAAACGGCACAGCAAGGUUGGCAUGCUUGAUGAGUUAGUCAAUGGACCUCCGGGAACUCGGAAAGUUCAAGGCAAGGGAUGGAAGGGCAAGGAAAAUCAUGUGAGCCAGCGAGUUCGAGAUUGGGAAAGAGAAAGAGAGCGCCUAAGGGAAAUUAGUCGUUUGGAAGAGAUUGAGCGUGGACGAGACGCAGAGCCAUCCAAUUCAAGCGAUACGGAACCUGAGGUGGUAGACAUCACCCCAGAGCUCGAGCAAAUUGGGACCUCGGAAAAUGCGCAAACUGACCUCCGAUCGCAGGACAAGGACACCGAAAGUAAAAUUCCACCAACUGCAAUUGCUGGUACUUGGUUGCCUUCUUUAGAUCUGGGAAUGAAAUCCAGUGCCAGCAGGACUGUGCCCAUCAUUUCGGAACCGUCGACACCUGCCCCCGCUGUCGAUACAAGCAUUAUACCAGGUAAAUCGCUCCUGCUGUUUUAAUUUUUGUUACUCAAUCGGUAUGCAUCAAUAAUAGUUGUAUCGCCUGCUGCCGAUUCUUCUCAUCAGUCCUCCCAUUUGCUAGCGGCACCUCUAAAACGACCAAACAGUAGUUCAGGACGCGCUACUUUUAGGCAUGCUAUCAAACGAUCCAUUGGUAGGGUUAUACUUGAUUGUCUGCAUGGAAAUACUUAGUCCCUUUGCAGAUAAGACAUUCCAAAUGUACAAAACAUCAAGCCUGGGAGGCAGGAGUUAUCAUUCUAGGAAUUUAUCUGUUGAUCAGCACACCGACGCCGGAUCGCGGGAUACCCACAGUGAAAGAGAAUCAUGGGAAGAAGAAGAGUGUGUAAGAGCUGGUAAGUGUGUUCUAUAAACAAA